GCUAGAGCUACGCCUAACGUUCGUUUCAACCUGCGCUGGUGGCCUCAAGCCUCUCGGGCAUUUGCUGCCCACCGCCAUAGCUCCAAAUCGGCAGACAUGACAUCAGCCUCCUGGCCUGAGAUAUAGUAGGCGACGUGUAGGUGUAGGUACAGAGCAAUGCAUGGUAACACAAUUUUUUUAUUGACCAUUGUGUCGAUUAUCUGCAACUACUGUGUGUGAUUGUACAUACCUGGCAAGGGAUCUACAGGAGCUUUUUGUGCAGCUGUCUCGAGCUGUCUAAGCCCACCGUCCUCACUUCCGGAGGGAUCCAGCUCUGAAUCCCACGUCUGGGUUGCUCUGCCUUCUACGCCCCCUCCAUUCGUACACCUCUCCGUCUCGAAGCUUCUCACGAGAAGUAGUACUUCGCACCCCGUCAUUACCGAGUGAAAAACUCAAUUGCACUUCGCUCGGACCCCCAGGUGCCAUUGAGUUGUGUUGAGACAAGCCACUGCUGCAACUAGGACGCAGUGUAACAUCACCAGCGACAGUCCCAACACCCCCACGAGAGUCUGAUUUCGCUGCAAAGCAGGAAAUAUCAUAACACGCCUACCUUUAACGCAACGAAAAAGCUAGUGGGCACCAGGACGGGAGCAACCAGAGAGAGAUAGCAAGAUUUUCGGGCUCAACCACACCGAGAAAAGGAGCAAGGGAAGAACACAAAGAGCAAUACCGGCCACCGUUGGAAUUACAAAAAAUGAACCCUGCUUCAACACUCCGCUUACUCCGACAUGCGUCGGGCCGCCUGGCCUCUCACCUCACAACGGUGCCGGCGGUCAGGGCCACGGGCGCUCGCCUUCUCAGCAGCACUGCAUCCCAAGGGAUAACAUACACUCCAAGAAGAAAAGACAGUUCGGACCCUUACCAUAAGCUCAGCACAGAGGCUACCGGUACGUCGGCCGGCCCCCACGAAGGUGCAGCGUCCCGGACCGACAAGGACAUUGUUGUCGAGUACCCGGAGGAUGAGUCGGCGUUGGCUCCUCAUCAACGACCUCUCCAGGGCAGAGGCGGCGUGCACUUUGUCCGGACGUUGCCAACUUUUUCCCUUGAGGGCCGUACCGCCAUCGUGACUGGUGGAGCUCGUGGUCUUGGACUUGUCAUGGGACAGGCGCUGGUCAGCUCCGGCGCGGAUUUGGCUAUUGUUGAUUUGAACAAGGAGGAAGGCGAAAAGCAAGCCAAAGAACUUGUCGAGAUGUUCCGCCGCGAGAAUCCAGACGACCCAGAAGUCGUGCCAAAAAUCACGGCGCAUUACUGUGACGUGGCGGAUCCAGAGAGCGUCAACUCCUGCAUCAACGAGGUCCUCGAGCAGCACGGCAAAAUCGAUCACCUGGUCACGUCGGCUGGCUUUACCGAGAACUUCUCUGCAGAGACGUACCCGUACGAACGGAUGAAAAAGCUCUGGGGUGUCAACGUGGACGGCACAUACCUGUUCGCCACUGGCGUUGCCCGACACCUGAUGCAGCGAAACAUCACCCACGGCAGCAUCGUCUUCAUCGGCAGCAUGUCUGGCGCCAUUGUCAACGUGCCUCAGCCGCAGGCGCCGUACAAUGCUGCAAAGGCAGCAGUACGACACCUCGCGGCCAGUUUGGCCGUGGAGUGGGCUCACGCCCAUAUCAGAGUCAACUGUAUCAGUCCCGGGUACAUGUUGACGGCACUGACUCGCAAAAUCCUGGACGACAACCCAGAGCUCAAGAAGACAUGGACGUCCCUCAUCCCCGUGGGCAAGAUGGGUCAGCCAGAGGACCUGCAGGGUGCUGUGGUUUACCUGCUCAGCGACGCCAGUCGAUAUGUCACUGGCGCGGAUUUGCGCGUUGAUGGAGGAUACACGUGCACAUGAUCGCACGACGCUGCGAAUUGCCGCAUGUUGGCACAGUCGGGUGGAAAGUUGAAUAGCACCGCCACUGUGGAAGUGGUUCAUAGGUCGGGAAAGAGCCCCGAGGGGAAAAAGCGAAGGCUGGUUGCGUGAACAGGGCGUCAAAUGAUAUAGAAGUGCGGCGUACUAUACAGCAUAUAUUCAAGGUACCAAAAGAUCAAAUUGGCAGAGUCAAGCCAGCAAAUGUAGUGCCGCGGUAGAUAAAAAAAGACGGUCUCCGACUGCCAGUGGAGGCGUGAAGCUCGUAGACAGGAGCAAUGCGUCGAGUCAUGCCGACAUCCCACGCCAUCCCAUUAUUGAUUGAUGCUCAUGUUGUGCCAGAUCACGGUAGGAGAAGCAAGUCAGGCCGACGAUCAGAUGCUGGAUGAGGCAGCAGGGUCGAGACGCCAGACGGGUCCAGAACACCAUACUACCUGGUAGGUCCAGGUAUUCAAUUUGUGCCCUGCCCUUGGAUUGCGGCACAGCAUUCAUUGUUUCCAUUCCAUACUGUACUAUGCA